GAAUCUCUGUCUGUCUGAUGUCGUCUAGAAGAGCGCAGUGAUGUCAGGAAAUAAAGCGGUGGAGCUGCAGAUACAGAUGCGACAGAACGCAGAAGAUCUGCAGAACUUCAUGAAGGAGCUGAACAACUGGGAGGGAGAAAUCAAGAAGAAAGACCAGCAGCUUCGUGCCAGAAACGUCAGCGAACCGCCGAAGACUCUUCCGCCGGUGAGGAACAAAGAUUAUAAGAAGACGAAAAAGAGCGUGAAGCGCCAGACUAACGGUCUGAAAGAGCAAAAGGAGACGCAGCGCAUAAAAUCCUACGAUUAUCAGGCCUGGGACAAAUUUGAUGUGGAUAAGUCUCUGGAGGCCAUGGGCGCGGAGGAGAGCCCGGUCCACUCCAACGAAUCUGACUCUGAAGGGCUUCAGGUGGACAGAGAUCUGGCGCUGACCGAGAAAGAGAAGGGGAAUGAGUUCUUCAGGGACGGCCGGUACGACAGCGCCAUCCAGUGUUACACCAGAGGAAUGGAUGCAGAUCCGUACAACCCUGUCCUGCCCACCAAAAGAGCGGCCUGCUUCUUCAGACUGAACAAGUUCGGCGUGGCGGAGUCUGACUGUAAUUUGGCCAUCGCUCUGGAUGGGAAAUACGUCAAAGCGUACGUCAGAAGAGCAGCGGCACGUGCGGCGCUCAACAAACAACAGGAAGCUCUCGAAG